AUGGCUGCCGCUCCAGCAGUGCGGCCACCCAGGCCAGCUGCGCAGGCAAACCCGAGCCCCCGGACAGGCGCCAGGGACCAGUGGAGCAAGAAGGUGGACUUCCUUCUGUCAGUGAUUGGGUUUGCUGUGGACCUGGGGAACGUCUGGCGGUUUCCUUACGUCUGCUAUCAGAAUGGGGGAGGAGCCUUCCUGAUCCCGUACACCCUGAUGGCCGUCUUCGGAGGGGUGCCCCUCUUCUACAUGGAACUGGCCCUCGGGCAAUUUCAUCGGGUUGGGGCCAUUCCCAUCUGGAAACAUAUCUGUCCUAUUUUUAAAGGUGUCGGCUUUGCCACCUGCGUCAUCGGCCUGUACGUCUCCUUCUACUACAACACCAUCCUGGCCUGGGCCCUCUACUACCUGUACUCCUCCCUCGCCCUCGCCCUGCCCUGGACCAGCUGCGGCAACCCCUGGAACACCCCCAACUGCACCAGCUACUUCGGGAGGAGCAACGCCACCUGGACGCCCUCCUCCUCGUCCCCCGCCGAAGAGUUCUACAUGAGGAAGGUUCUCGGGCUGCAGGACUCGCGCGGCCUGGACAGUGUGGGUGGCAUCCGCUGGCAGCUGCUGCUCUGCCUCAUCCUCAUCUUCACCAUCGUCUAUUUCAGCCUCUGGAAGGGGGUGAAGACCUCUGGCAAGGUGGUGUGGGUGACGGCCACCCUGCCCUACGUCGUCCUGCUGAUCCUGCUGGUCCGUGGAGUGACCCUGCCCGGGGCCUGGAGGGGGAUCGUCUUCUACCUGCAGCCGAACUGGGAGAAGCUGACGAGCACGGCCGUUUGGGUAGAUGCCGCAGCCCAGAUCUUCUUCUCGCUGGGGCCAGGCUUCGGGGUCCUGCUUGCUUUGGCCAGCUACAACCCGUUCAGCAACAACUGCUACCGGGAUGCCCUCGUCACCAGUGCGGCCAACUGCCUGACCAGCUUCCUCUCCGGGUUCGUCAUUUUCAGCGUGCUGGGCUACAUGGCGGAAAUGAGGGGCGUGGAGGUGGAGGACGUCGCAAAGGACAGAGGGCCCGGCCUGCUGUUCAUCACCUACCCAGAAGCCCUCGCCAACAUGGCCGGCUCCACCUUCUUUGCCAUCAUCUUCUUCCUCAUGAUGGUAACGCUGGGACUGGACAGCACGUUCGGCGGCUUGGAGGCCGUGAUCACGGCUGUCAUGGACGAGUACCCCCACAUCCUGGCCGAGCGACGGGAGCUGUUCGUGCUGGGACUCCUCACCGUGUGCUUCCUGGGCUCCCUGGCGACGGUGACGAACGGCGGCUCGUAUGUCGUGAAACUCCUGGAAGAAUUCGGCGCCGGCUGCUCCAUCUUAGCUGUGGUGCUCCUGGAAGCCAUUGCCGUCUCCUGGUUUUAUGGGAUGCCACAGUUCUGCAGCGACGUGAAGGCGAUGCUGGGGUUUUCUCCCGGAGUCUACUGGCAGGUGUGCUGGGUGGCAGUCAGCCCGGCGUUCCUCGUGUUCAUCAUUGUCAGCUCCCUGCUGGAGCAGCCGCCGCUCACGAUGUUCGGCUACCGAUACCCAGCGUGGAGCGCAGUGGUGGGCUACCUCAUCGGGGCCUCGUCCUUCGUCUGCAUCCCAGUCUACAUGGUUCUCCGGCUUGUCUGGACCCCGGGGUCUCUGAAGCAGCGCCUUGCCUUGUGCCUUCAGCCGGAGAAGACGACUCGACAGCAGGCGCCGGAGUCCGUGCCUGGGCUGCUGGCCCCGUGA